GCCGGCUGCACUCUCUUCUUUUGCUUGUUUGUCCAGAUCUGCUAGGUGGUCCCCCCGGAGACUCUUCUUGCUUCACAGGUCUGUCCGGCUUGUGUCCGGUUUGUGUCCCACUACCGAACAGCCUUCCCUUGCCAAAAUCAUCUCCAUGGCUCAUGACCGAGAAGGGCAAUCCAUGCCCACCGGAUCUGCUUCCAUGGCCGGUUCAAAGGCCACUCAUUGCUUGAGCCAUGUCCGUAAGCCUUUUUGAUGUCAGCUCGUUGACUGGAUUACCCUGUACUGGAGAAGAAGUUUCAGCAUUGCUAACCUUACCUCCAGGUGUUGAGUACAAUGUAGAGUUAAAGCCCUUUUAUCCAGCCUUUGUAAGGUCUGCCUAUGAUAAAAGUAAGCCUGUUGGUGCUGAUGAGCAUAUUUCCUUUUUGCUUACUUUGAUUUGCAAAUAUAUAGUCUGCUCUGCUGGUAAAGGUCCCACUAAAGAGUUUAUUUCCUUAGCUGCUGCUUUAGCACAUGGUAAACAAAUGGCUCUGGGUCCUUUUUUGCUUGCUCAUUUGUACAGGAGUUGCCAAGAUAUCACGGCUCACCCUUUAAUCAUUAGUGGUUGGCCGCUGUGGGUUUUGCAGUUGUGGUUGUAUUCUUAUUUUCCAGCCCUCGCUCCUGUCUCUUCCGCUGUUCCAGCCCAGGAUCUACUCACUUAAGGUUUCAUGUUCAAGAAUGCCGUGGAGAACGAGAGGAGCUUCGAGGAGUGCCUCGAGUUUUUUGCUUCUUUGUCUGUUGAGCGACCCGAUGCAGACUUUGCUGUGUUUCUUGGUAGAUCUCACGGUCCUUCAUGGUACAGGGCCGAUGUCAGAUCCCCAGAUUUUAGAGCAUUUUGGUCUGUUUGUGUGACCUCUCAGGAUUUGUUUGUUGGCUGUAGUUUGAACACUCUCAACUCCAGAUGUGGCAUGGAGCUUUAUGCACCGAACCAAUUCUGUCGGCAGUUAGGGUACUGCCAAGACAUACCAUUCCCGCCACUAUUUUCCUUCAACUACAGCUAUCCCCUUCGGUUUAUGAUUGGGGAUUCAAAGAUUUUGGUUACCAAACUUGCUAACAUCACCAAAACUCUGCAGACACUGAUCCUACCAGAACCUCCAUUCAGACCAAGCUGCACUUCCUCUUACAAAAGUUGGUGCCAUCCUCGGUUUCUUGAUGUUAUGGAGAAUAUUUCUGUUCUGGCCCCUCCACAACUCACCAAAAAAUCUGAAGGGAAGAAUGUUGUAAAAGAGAAUGAGGACCUGGAAUCUGCCAUGGCCACCCAAAUCAGCCAGCCAGAUCUGCCAAGGAGAGCUCCCAAACUUCAAGUCAAAAGGAAAUUUGUUGCUCUUGCAGAUUCCACGGAAGAAGAUACCCCCUCCAAGCAGCAGAGAACCGGAGGGAUCAAGAAGUCAGGAGUAAAACCAUCUGCAGCCAAGAAACUUAUCAAAUCUGCCUCUCCCUCGAGGUCCUCUUCUGCCACGAAAACCGAGACGCAACCUGACAAAACAGAAGAUGUUUCCCUCGGUCCUGCUGCCACGAAAGCUCCUGUUGAAGACAUAUCUACUGAGGAUGAUGGAAGCAAUUCUGGCUCCUCUCGCACCAAAUCUGGCAAUGGUUCUUCACCCGCCACAAAGGUUAGAGGUUCUAGAUUCUCUUCACGCAUAGCAAGCAAAAGCUUUAGAACAGUUAGACCGAAUGAACUCAUCGAUCUAAGCCCAGACAAAGAGAAUACCCCUACACCUGUAGCUUCUCCUGCUAGGCAUGUUCAUGUUGAUGACAUUGAGAGUGUUGCUGUUGAUGUGCCCAUGAUUGAUGAUGAUUUGGAGAAUGAACUCCUUGCCCAGCUGGACAUGUUGAUGGAUACUCCGACUAAAUCUGGAUCUGCCACAGAUAGUAAAGGGAAGGCAGUUGCUGAAGAAGUGGAUUUUGAUAUCAACCUUCCUACUCAGGAGCAGAUUAGUUUUGUGAUUAUGACCAUGCAAGAGCUCCUUGGUGGUGAUCCUUCCCAUUUCUGCAAAGUGCCGGACCAGCCAGCCGCCUUUGAAGCGGCUCAAAUCCUUAGCCAAGCCCCACAAUUAUCAUCAACUCAACAAAAAUUCUGGGCAGACUUCACCUCCAUCGAUACCCAUUUCAGCAGAAAAUUCCGGGUGUUUGAGAGCAAAGUGGUGGCUGCAGAAUCCGUGAAAAAAUCUGUAGCAGAUAGCACUGCUGCCGUCUUCAAGAAGAAGGAAGAAUUCAUGGCAGCAAAGGAGGCUCAUAUCACGCAAAUUAAACAUCUCCAAGGGCUCAAAGAAAAAAUCUCUAACCUUGAAGCCGAGCUUUUGGAGUUGAGAAACCAAGUCCCUCUUGCGGAGCAAUCUGAAAAGAGUUUGGCAGAACAGAGAAACAAGCUCCGCGUAGACAUGGAAGUUGGUUUGAAAUCUACUGCCAAGAUCAAGGAUCAGCUACCUUCCUUCACAGCCUCUGCAGAUGAAGCCGCUGAAGAACUCAAGAACAUGAGAGAAGAAUGGAGUUCAUGGCAAAACAACCUUUGUUGAUUUUUCUCUUAUGUAUCUCUUUGUCUCUUUGUUGGUUGAAAUUGCACAUUGUCAUGUUUGAACAUAUUGUUUGCGGCCUAUUGGCCAUGCAAACUUCUUUUCAAUGUUGAUCUCUUUCUUGGCUCAUAUUCUGGAAAUCUGCUUGUUGUACUUUUUGUUCAUACUCUGGUACAAGUUGAAAUCUGUCA